UCUUGUUAUAUUAAAUGUCGCUAUACAAUUGAAUUAUUGAAGUAUAAUAUUUCUAGCAAACAUGCAGUUACAUAUCAAAGGUACACAUACGACUGUGGUCGAGUCACAAGAGAAUGAAAGUAUUGCAGAUUUAAAGAAAAGAAUUGUGGAAGCAGAGGGUGCUGCAAAUACAGAAUUUAAUUUAUAUUGUUCUGGUCUUUUAUUACAAAAUGACACUUUAGUUGGAAACCUUACAUCAAACGUUUUAGAAUUAACAGUUUCUCUUCUUGGUGGUAAGGUGCAUGGGUCCUUAGCUCGUGCAGGAAAAGUUAAAGCUCAAACACCAAAGGUGGAAAAACAAGAGAAGAGUAAGAAGAAAACUGGUCGAGCUAAAAGGCGAAUUCAAUAUAAUCGAAGAUUCGUCAAUGUAGUUCAGACGUACAGUCGCCGACGUGGACCGAAUGCUAACUCAAAUUCAUAAUUGCAUCUCAAUGCAUAUAUACAUUGUAUGAUUAUGAAAAUAAAAUAAUAAGUUAAAUACAA